CCGGGGAAAUGGGUUCAGACGGCACUUCCUCGUCCCGUCAGGGGGAUGAAAGUGACGUCGACGGCCGCUUCGGCUUCCCCAGCCAUUCAGAUGAUCUUGGAGAAAAUUCUGCAGAGGGACGGUCACCCAAGUAGUAGCGAAAACGCCCAGAGCAAACAAAUUUAGGUGUCCAAGGGCUUCGUGAUUAACAGGCAGGGUCUUCAGCAUAGCAUCGCGUGAAGAAUAGCGGAGUGAUGAAUACACCAUAAUGCUGUGCUAGUGGUAAGCCGCAGGCAGAGCCACAUUGCUGUUUCUCUUGUGCUUUUCCGGCUGAUUUUCUGCACUUGCUGCAACGUUUCAUGACAUGUCGAUUAAUGAAGAGCUGAGAUGGCUGCCAACUCAUGUGCAGGUGACAGUCCUCCGAGCCAGGUGCUUGCGGGCCAAAGGCAAACACGGAACCAGCGACUCGUAUAGUAUCAUUCAGCUGGGGAAAGAGAAGUUCUCCACUUGCGUGGUGGAGAAGAGCACCAGCCCAGAGUGGAAGGAAGAAUGCACUUUCGAGCUGCUACCAGGGGUGCUAGAUAUGGAUGGACGGAGCGGCGACCUGAUCGUCACGGUGAUGCACCGUGCACUAAUGGGACUCGAUGUGUUUCUCGGGCAAGCAGUCAUCGCUUUAAAUAAAGUCUUCCAAGAUGGAAUAUGCAUGCGAAACCAGUGGUACAAGCUUCAUUCUAAAUCUGGAAAAAAGGAGAAGGAUCGAGGCGAAGUGCAGGUCACUGUACAGUUCACACGCAAUAACUUGACUGCUAGCAUGUAUGACCUCUCUGCGAAAGAUAAACCACGCUCUCCUUUUGAUAAGCUGAAGGAUCGCAUGAAAGGCAAAAAAAGAGGGGAUAUGGACUCAUCUUCUGCCAUCGUGCCAGGAGGUCUUCAGGUCCUGCCCCAUAUACGGAAGAGACUGCCAAGUGACGGUGGCGGGGAGGAAGACUAUGAAGACGAUGAGGGAGGUGAAGGACGACGGAGCAAGAUGAGAAACUUUUUCCUCAGUGGAAAACUCCGCAAAUCAUCUGACACUCGGUCUAGCACAUCCCUUGGUUCGGAGACCAGUGAGUCAUCUUCACGGGGUGGCAGUUUGAGCCCCACUGCAGGCAUAAGCGUUGUGGUGUCAGACAUCUCAAACUCCCCCAGCAGUAGCAGCAACUUGACUGCUGACUACAGUCCUGAACACGCCGUCAGUCCUUUGCCAGAGCUCAUGGGCCACAAGCGGGCCUUCAGUGAUGAGGCCAGUCAGAUUACUAUCAUCAUGCCUCAGCCUAUCACCAAGUGCCAGAGUGGCUUGCGGUCACAGUCCUCACUGUGCAUCAAUGGCAGCCACGUCUAUGCUGCUGACUCCCUACUUUCUGGAGGCUCAGAUACCCAGGCCACCUCUUUGGAGUUGCUGCAGAAAUGCAUGCCACUCUCCCGCUCCUUGCAAAACAUCACUCGCCGGAGUGAAGAUCCCCAAAAUAUCUGCACCAGUGAAGUCCGGCACCGGUCCUUUGAUAACUCAGCGACAGAGGAAAAAGUACCUAUGUUUGGGAAGGCUGACAAGGACCAAUCGGAAAGCCGACCUGUGCAGGUGGCCAUACCCAUGAUUUCUGCAGUAGGAGAAUCAGCUGGAAAUGACACAAAGCAUAAGAAUAACCUCCCUCGUGGAGGGGAAGACUCAGACCGUACCAAGGCUUGCAAGGGUCAAGGUGCACCACCGGAGCAGAAACACAAAGGCUGGUUUGGCUUCAAGGACCCUCAGAGCAGACCAAGUCCUCAUCCAGUUAAACCACUGACUACUACAGCUGCUCAGGAGGAGAGAAGAUCAGACAGCCGCUCAGUACUCACCAGUGGGUUAGAGAAGCUAAAGUCCACCAUCCAGGCAGGAAGGAGCACUCAGCAUGGCCAGCCCGAGGCUGAAAGAAGCAAGCAGUCUCUCCCUGAGGAGGACACCUCACUUUGUCAUCUGUCCAACAGCGACCUCAUUGCUCUACUUCUGCAGCAGGACGCAGAGCUGAAGAAGCAAGCAGCUCAGCUUGAAAGGCAAGGGGCCUUGCUUAAGAGUCGAGAGCUGGAGCUGAAGAAGAUGAAGCUUACGGUGCGGGACCUGGAGGACUACAUCGACAAGCUGCUGGUGCGCAUCAUGGACCAGACACCGACAUUGUUGCAAGUGCGGUCAAAGUUCAAAUGAUUCAGUUAGUUCAUUGGGUCUAGGUUUUAUAACUAUACUUCACCUUCAAAUUGCAUCACCCUUCUAAUAUAGAUAUAGUACUAAAUAAAUCAAUAUCCAAAAUGUUUUCAAUGUACCUGGCUUUCUGCUUUGAAAUGCAUAUUUACCAAAGGAAACGAUGGAAAACUGUGCAGUUUCAAAUCUAACUCCCUUAGUGAGCUUAGACUAGUUCACGUAAAAGCUAUGAACUAUUUGUAUUUGAAAAUGCUGCUCAAAGCACACCUACUCCUGUCAUGCUAUAAGCCAAAAUGAGCAUGUAAUAGUAAACAGAGGCUUCAAAGUGUUGUUAGACAUCUGGGGCCUCAUUUACCAAACUUUGCAUAAAUUUCAGUGUGAAAAAAAUGUGCACCCAUGAAAAGGAAUAAAAUGCGUAACACAAAAAAAUCAGAUUUAUGGAACCUGAUGUGCACGCAUUUUCCCUCAGAAAUGUCAGGACUGUCUUGUAUGUGGACAAGCCUCGUACAUUUGCCACCCACAGAUAUCCAUAAAUGGUCAAUGCAAACGAACUGCACACUCAUAUAAUAUGCAAAUCAAGCCUUUGUGGUUGCAAAGUCCAAUGAUUGCGUUUGUAAAUAACAAACCAAAAAAAAGGAAUUUUGAGCAGUGUGAAGUCGAGGCACAACAGAAUGUUAUAUUUGGUGCCCUAAGCAUGUUAAUAAAAAGAUCAAGUAUAGAUAUACAUUUUUUUAUUAUUUAAUUAUCACACAGGUAUAUAUUGUUCUGCACUUUUGCACUUUUUUGCACUUUUGGAUUAGAUGCCAAACGGCAUUUCUUUCUUUGAUUACUUGUACUUUAUGCAAUGAUAAUAAACUUCCGCUGUAUGGCAACA